UUAUAACAAACUCAAGCAAAUUUGUAUCUGAUCCAUUCUAAACAACCUCUCCAUGUCACUAAAAAGAUGUUCAUAGAGAUGUUCCAGCUUCUAUUCACGGUCGUAUCAAUCGAAGCCGUUCUAAUAUUAACACUUGGGUUUGGGACUCCGGUAAGAAGAGUGGUGGUGAAAUUACUAGACUUGUUGAAGCGAGGCCGAGGACCACUGGUUACAAAAACGGUUGCAGUCACUAUGCUUGUGCUGUUUGGCUCUGUUCUGUUCAGCACGAUUCAGAUCAACAGAAGGGUGUCCGAGUCUGGUGGUGUAGCCAACCCGACUGAUCAAGUCAUGUUUGCGAAUCGCCUCCUAGAAGCCUUCCUCAUGGGGACUGUGUUGUUCUUGGCAAUGGUGAUAGACAGAAUGCAUUACUACACAAGAGAGCUUCAAAUUACAAGGAGAAACUUGGAGGUUGCAGUAAAGAAGACCAAAACAGCUGCUUAAUGCCAAACAAAUUGGCGUCAGGAAUUCAACUAUAAAUCUGUAAAUAAUUUAUCAAAAUUGAUUUGAACUUCAAAACUACACCUGAGCAUUUGUACUGAAUCAGACCAAAAUAUUCAAAUAUUUAUUGCA